CUGUCUCUCAAUUCAUCCGUAGUCCUCCGACGAACGGACGAAACCACCAUGGGCGAUAACACGUUGGUGGGAUUUUUCUACAAGCAUGGUAAGACAUGUGUGUUUUGGGAUGUGAAUGAUUACCCUAUCCCAGAUGGUCUCGAUCCUUCUUCGAUUUACCAAAGUAUCAAAGACGCUAUCAAGAAGCAUGGUUGUGAUGCGGAGGUGACGAUUCACGCUUAUGCUGAUGAUAAUACUGUUUCGGAUGACUUGCGACGUCAAUUAUUGGAUGCUGGAUUCAAAUUCGAAGUCUUUAGCCCAGGGGGUGAUCAUGCGAGACACUGUACCAUGUACUGUGACAUGGUGUUGUGGGCAUUCAAACAUCCUACACCUCCUUUAAAUCUGAUUGUACUGGCAAAAGUAUUCGAUUGCGAAGGCGAUUUUUAUACUUUUAUGUGCGCUUUGCGUAUUAGUUAUCAUGCUGUUCUCUUUUCCGAAAAAAAACAAAUAUGGCCUGGUGCCCCGUUGUUUACUAGCAUAUUUGAUGGAGGCCGAAACAAUAUUAGCGGAAGCUCUCUCAACGUAAGCGGAAGCUAGUAGGGGAUACUCAUACUAUUUCCAUAGACUAAUUAACUUUUGUGCCCUUCCAAUGUUAUUGUUUGUUUGUGUUUGUUACCAUUGCGAUGUUUAUAUUAUUGUCUAACUAUGAUGUGAUUUUGGACAUAUAUAAUAAACAAGUGCACUUCUAUUUCUUUCUCU